UAAUGAAUGAAGCGUCAUCCUUCAGCAGCAGCUCCUGCAGCGCGAGGCCUUACUGCAUGCGCGCACACAGACAUUGACAAGGCAAAUCAUUACAAAAAUUGUACACUAUACCCACCAAAUCAAAAUAAAUAGACACAAGACAAUGUGGAGCACCGGAGCGGCAAGUUUUGUGCUAAUAUCCUGUUUUGUCUGCGCUUCGCUGUGUGCGGACGGGCUGGUGAAUGAGGAGGUGAAGCGCACGGUGGAUCUGAGUACUCACCUCGCGAAGAUCUCGACGGAGAUUCAGCUCGCGAAUCAUGGACACUCGCGCGUGCAGAGCUUCACGCUCGCGCUGGAGCCCGAGCUUGUCCCGCACCUCGCCUUCAUCGGUGCAUCUGUAAAAGGAGAGGAUGAGGAGGAUGAAGCCCUCGAGCUGAAAGAGACCACUAUCCAUGGACAAAGUGGUAAAUUUUUUGAGGCAAAGUUGCCGUCUCCUCUCGCUGCGGGGAGUAAACUGCGAGUGAAGUUUGAGACUGUCUUCAGUCACGUGCUGAAGCCCUUCCCCACUCACAUCACACAGGAUGAACGGCAGCUCGUUGUCUUCCAAGGGAACCACUACUUGUACUCCCCAUACCUCACUCGCUCCCAGACCACAAGUGUACGCCUGGCCUCCAAAACCGUAGAGACCUACACUAAGCUGGGCAACCCCACGAAGAGUGACGAGGCUAUUGAGUAUGGACCAUUCAAAGAUGUACCUCCAUUCAGCCAGGAUGUUAUGAGGAUCCACUAUGAAAACAACACACCAUUCCUAACCAUCAGCAGCAUCACCCGCACUAUUGAGGUCUCUCAUUGGGGUAACAUUGCUGUGGAGGAAACCAUCGACUUGAGACACACCGGUGCCUACCUAAAGGGGCCUUUCUCCCGCUAUGACUACCAGAGACAGUCCGAUAGCGGUAUUUCCUCCGUCAAAUCUUUCAAGACUAUCCUUCCAGCCUCUGCUCAGGAUGUGUACUACCGCGACGAGAUCGGAAACAUCUCUACUUCUCACCUGCAAGUUCUCGAAGAUUCUGUAGAAGUUGAAAUUCGGCCUCGUUUCCCAUUGUUCGGUGGCUGGAAAACACACUACAUCAUUGGUUACAAUCUUCCCAGCUACGAGUAUCUUUACAACUUGGGUGAUCAGUAUGCCCUGAAGAUGCGUCUGGUAGAUCAUGUCUAUGAUGACCAGGUCAUUGAUCAGCUAACUGUGAAGCUGAUCCUUCCUGAAGGAGCUAGAAAUAUCCACAUGGACACUCCCUACCCCAUCAGCCGCAGUCCAGAUGAACUGCAUUAUACUUACCUGGACACCUUUGGCAGACCUGUGCUCGUUGCCACCAAGAACAAUCUUGUGGAGCAGCAUAUUCAGGAUGUUGUGGUUCACUACACAUUUAAUAAGAUCCUGAUGCUGCAGGAGCCAUUGCUGGUGGUGGGAGCUUUCUACAUCCUCUUCUUCACGGUGAUCAUCUAUGUACGCCUUGACUUCUCCAUCACAAAGGACCCAGCAGCAGAGGUGCGCAUGAAGGUGGCUUCCAUCACAGAGCAGGUCUUGACUCUGGUGAACAAGCGUCUAGGUCUGUACCGCCACAUGGAUGAAGUUGUGAACCGCUACAAGCAGUCCCGCGAUACCGGCGCUCUAAACAGUGGCCGCAAGACCUUGGAGGCCGAACACCGCACCCUCACCAAUGACAUCAACGCUUUACAGAGCCGGCUGAAAUCAGAGGGCUCUGAUCUGGCUGAAAAGGUGGGAGAGAUCCAGAAGCUGGAUGGCCAACUGAAGGAUCUGGUGUGCCGUUCCUGUCAGGAGGCCGAGAGGCUGGUGGCUGGAAAGGUGAAGAAGGAUGCCUACAUCGACUCUGAUAAAACUCUGGCAAGCAAAAGGCACGAGCUGGUUGGCCGCAUUGACAGUCUGCUGGAUGCCUUGUAAAUCAAACAUCAGAUGUCCAGUCUUCAGUAAGGCCAUGAAACACCCCCCUCCCAAACUGUCACACAUACUCAGUGCAGACUGGACUGAAAGAUCAAUAUGUUCACACAUACAUUAUGCAUCAUUCUGUGAACACCAUGUUGAUGCCUUUGUGGGACAUGAAGUUAAACUUUUUUUGUUGGAUGUGUGUGAUUGUGAAAGAGGGUUUCAUGUGUUUAUUCGGAUGCAGAUUUUUUUUAUUUACAUUUUUCAAGUUGCUGAAUGUCAGAUGCAGUUUUCAGUCUCAUGGUCCAGCAAACAAGGUUUGGGGUCAGGUGUGAAUUAAAAAUUAGUUCCAUAACCUUAAGGUAAAACACCUGAAAAACAUCUUUGCACUUAAUGUUUCUUCCCCAUCCUAAAACAAAAACAAUAUUGAACAUCUGAUUUUGUAAUUGUCACCACUCACUACAGAUUUGCGCAUGUUUGCCAGUGGGCUUUGAUUUCUCAUUUUUGUAUGAUUUUUCCAUUUUUGUAAAUGAUGUACUUCAGUUCCAUUAAUGGAGUGAGAUUGAUUUUUGUAAGGGUAAAUAAAUGUGAGAUAUUUGCUGGUGUUUGAAACAUUUUCAAUCCAUGAAAAAUAAACAAGGUGUCUAAAAUAAACAA